CUGGUUUGUAUUUCGCGGGAGCAGGUCGAUGCUUUACCUCAUUGGUUCAUUCACCUGCUCACAGUUCACGAUGUCAUAUCUGAGCUCAUGGAGACGACUCGCAUUCAGCAGAUAUGAAUUAUAAAGGUUUAACGGGGAUUUUUGUGGUCGUUUUCGCUAUGUCGUGCGUUGAACGCUGAGAUGGCGUGAAGAUGGAGGACACUGGACGAGUCUGAUUCCAGCUACAGCUCUUCAGUUCUAGACUUGGAGAAGGAGCACAGGAUCUGCCCCGUCUACCAAUCUCCUAGAAUGUCCAGACGCAGUCUCCGUCUGCACCCCAGUACAAGUUACUUAGGAGAUAACAGUGUGCUUGACUCAUCACUCCACAACAGCGCCAACUUACGCAUAGAUGACAAGAAUCUGCGUAGAAGGCCCAUUCGCUCUUGGUCGACAACAAUAUAUCAGGGUCCGAGGUCUGCUACAACAUCAUUCCAGGAUUCCCAUAACAGCACCCUGAACAGCUUUGCACCCAGUGAUUCCUCUCUGCUGGAUGAGUCCUCUAUACAGGAGCGCACACUAGUCGACAGCUUUUGGGGUUUGGAUGAGGAUGGCGAUGUCAGGGCCCGACCACUGCAGCCACAACAGAAUAUAAGAGAGGCCUCAAUGCAGGUCUUCGAAGCUCAGAACGGCUACCUCGGAAGCGAAAGCACCAGAGACUACCAACCCUCUCGUGCUCCAAUCUCUGCCCGGCACACUGCUGCUGCUGCUGCUGCUGAUGCUGCUGGAGGUCGAGCAUCUUCAGCCGCGUCAUCCGGCACAGCUGCAUUUGCUAACCCUACAGUAUAUGGCAGGGACAGCCGCAGACAAAAGCCAGGGAAGACAGCCUCAGGAAGCUUCUGGUGGCUAGUCGAUCUCUUUUCCAAGUGUCUCCCAAUGUUUUCAAAACUUCUAUUUCUUGUACCUUUCCUACUGUUCCUCGCCCUGUGGUACUGGGGUCCGUCCGGAUUGUUGGCCAUGCUGCCUGCUGCUUCGAGGACGUCCUCUCACCUCACCCCACCAACCACUCAAACCUCUACGAGCAACUCUGAGAAAGGUCAAACUUCUGCUGACACUGAUUUUCAGCGGGUCUCUGUUCUGUCGACGGCAGAUUCUGAGAGGCUCACACGCUUGGAAGACCGGAUGGCUCAGCUGUGGGAUCGAGUGGCAGGGGCUUUGCUCAGACAGGAAGAGCAGCACACAGAAGUGUUGAGUCUGUACAACACACUGCGAGUAGAGGUGCACAGGCACACUGACAGAGAAAGCAUGGGCAAGUGGAUCGGUGACAUGCUGGAGGAGAGAUUCAGCCACCUGCAGGGAGAGGUGGAGAAGGAGGCCAAGCACACACAACAGCGUCGUGAAAAGCACACCGAAGAGCGCGAGACAGAGAAUACUCGACUUGCUGAAGCAGAGGCUCUCCUGCAGACACUUGCUCGCAGAACUGAGGAGCUUCAAAGAAAACAAGAGCCUGCUAAAAUGAAGGUGCCCGAGGCUGAGCUACGCACCCCAGAGCCCGACAGUGAGGAGUCAGAGGACACCUCCUCCAGUGAACUUCUGCUGGCAGAGGUGAAGAGGCUGGAGGAGGCUUUGGCACACAUCAGAGAUGAUGUGCAGGGGUUGAUGGGGUGCAGAGACAAAUGUGAGCAGCUGUACUCUCUCCAGAGCUCGGUAUCCGAGCAGGUGGAGAGGGAAGUAAGGUCCAUGUUUUAUGGCAGCGACCGGGCAGAUGAGCUGGAGCUACCUCAGUCUUUCCUGCAGUGGGUCACUGAUCAGUUUGUGAGCACCACUGAACUACAGGCUUCACUCAUAGCCCUGGAGCGCAACAUUCUGGGUAACCUGUCCCUUCAGAUAGGGGAGGGCCAGUCUCCUUCUAAAGAGACAAUCGCCCAAACUGUUCGACAGGCUACUAGUGAGACGGGCCUCACUGAGGAAGAUGUACAGUUGAUUGUGAAUAAUACUCUUAAACUGUACUCUGAAGACCGCACUGGUCUGGUGGAUUAUGCAAUGGAAGCUGGAGGAGGCAGCAUUAUUGGCACACGCUGCACAGUGUCCCACGAAUCCAAAACGGCAUUGCUGAGUCUGUUUGGCCUCCCGCUGUGGUACUUCUCCCAGUCCCCGCGUGUCGUCAUACAGCCUGACGUGCAUCCUGGGAACUGUUGGGCGUUUAAAGGUUCAGAGGGUUAUCUGGUGAUCAGGUUGUCCAUGAUGAUCGUGCCUACAGCCUUUACUCUGGAACAUAUCCCAAAAUCUCUGUCGCCCACCAGCAGCAUCAGCAGUGCCCCUCGAGAAUUCAAUGUAUAUGGUCUGGAUGAUGAGUAUCAGGAAGAGGGACAGUUGCUCGGUCAGUUUGUUUAUGAAGAAGAUGGAGAUGCUCUUCAGACCUUCACGGUCACUGAGGAGGUCAUGAGAGGUUUUCAGAUCAUUGAGUUGCGAGUGUUGUCAAAUUGGGGUCAUCCGGAGUACACCUGUCUUUACCGUUUCCGGGUGCAUGGAAAGCUUGUUGACGAGUAACUUACAACAGGAUGUUAUUAAUCUAUACAGUUAGGCCUACACUGAGGAUGUAUGAUAUAUAUAUAUAUACUGUAUGAAAUGAUUGCAUGCAGGUACAUGGACUGUUAGGCCUCAGUUCCAGAUACAGCAAUUGCACUUCUUACGUCAUAUACUUUUCCACCUCUGUCAUUGAUCAGGGUUAUGCUUUUUCUUUUCAGUUUUUUUUUUUUAUUAUCCCAAUGUGGCUGAAAAUUGUUCACUAGCAAACAAAAUGCAUUAACAAAACUCUCUGAACUAUACACAAACCAGUGAAGAUGUAUUUUACAUCAAAUGUAAAUAUUGUCAGUAGGUUCUCUAAAUUUGUGCAGUUAUUUUAGUUAGUUUGUUUGUUUUAGUUUGUCUGGUGAAUGCCCUAUUUAAGAAUGCUUAAGAUAAAUCACUGUUUGUUUGUUUAUUUAUGUUAAUAUAAGCAAGAUUAUACUGUGUAUUUUUGUAAAUGCUUUUCAUAAUCUUUAUGCAAAUUAUUUUGUAAUUGCUAUUUGUUCUGUACAGGAUGGCUUUUCAAAUAAAAUCGUUUUUUCA